GUAAUGGUUCCUAAUAGCCCCUCCUCCUCCGCGCUCGCUCUCAGUGUGCAAUGUGCAUCCGUGAGGAGACUGAAGCCUGUUGUCAGUACGCGUCCAUCCCGCCGAGCUGAGCUGAACCGCGUACGGAUCUUUUGGUGACUGCCAGUAAAUUUGUAGCUCAACAUGAGCGCCGACGGCCAAGCGGCUACCCAUCCACACCUGACUUCCGGGCGUGGAUAGUUGAUAAAAGCUCGGCUUCAAGCCCUUUCUCUCUCUCUCUCUCUCUCUCUCUCUCUCUCUCUAUCUAUCUAUCUCAUCCCUGCAUGAUGGAAGCCCAGCCUGGUCUAUCACGGGACUCCAUCAAGAGGGUGACAACUAAAAUAUGCCAGGACUGAAAGGUCGCCAUGGAGACCGACAGAUACACCUCCAGCCCAGUCGGCCUGGAGGAGGAGCAGCAUGGUGAGGCAUGGUCCAGUAAUGCAGCAUCAUGGUACAUGCCAUACUCUCUCGGGUUCCAAGUGUCUCUCGCUGCCUGCCUCAUGCUGGAGCUGGUGUUGGGUUUCAGCAGCAACCUGACGGUGCUGGUGCUCUACUGCUCCCAGUCUAAUUUAGUGGACUCUGUCAGCAACAUGGUGACGGUCAGUCUGCACGUGCUGGAUGUGGCGGUGUGCGUGCUGUGUUUGCCUUUCACUCUGGUGGUCGUGCUGCUCCCCCCGGGGCCUAACCUGGCUGUGGUGUGCUGCUUUCACGAGGCCUGCGUCACCUUUGCUAGCGUCGCCACAGCCAUCAACAUCCUGGUCAUCAGCCUGGACCGGUACGACAUCUCGGUGCGUCCGGCCAACAGGCUGCUGACGACGCGCAGGGCGGCGCUCCUCCUCGCGGCUGUGUGGCUCACAUCACUUGCUGUCUUUAUCAUCCCAGUCCUGGAGGAUCAACUGUCCAGUGGUGAGGCGCCUGGGAAGAAAGUGCAGGAGACCUCUUUGUCUCUGUCCUCCAAAGGCAUCAGUGCCACAGUGGUGUUGGCGUGGCGCAACCGGACCCUGUUGUGCCUCGGUGGAAAGGGCGACCACUUAGGCCUUGGGACGUAUUACCACCUUAUUCUCCAGGUCCCCAUAUUCUUCAUCACAGUCACAGUAAUGCUGUUCACCUAUUCAAGAAUCCUGAGGGCUUUAAACUUCCGAAUUGGCACGCACAUGAAGAAGACCCAACGUUUCAUUGCCCCGUCCUGCUCGGCGGUUCACAAGAAAUCCCCCGAAAAGAAGACCAAGCUCCGAAUGAUUAGCGAUGGCAAUCCAGAAGGGGAGCAAUGCACCACAGAUUCCAAGAAACAACUCAGCCGUCCCCCGCUAAUCCCUUUUACAUCUCCCACUCCCACAGCAACCUCCCCCCCUGCCAUUUCUUCUUCUGCCCCACUGGUCAGGUCCGACGCAGUUGCAGCCAACCCUAUGCCGGCCACAAUGCGUGUCCAGGCCUCCGUGUCAGCCAUCAUUGCCCUGCGGCGCGCAGUACGGAGACACCGAGAUCGGCGAGAGCGCCAGCGGCGGGUUUUCAGGAUGUCCCUCAUCAUCAUCUCCACCUUCCUCGGUUGCUGGGCUCCCCUGUCUGUGGUCAACAUGCUAAUCCUUGUCAUAGGCCCGAGUGACCCCCUGGUCAGCCUGCGGCUGUGGUUCUUGGCUUUGGCCUAUGGAACCACAGUGUCCCACCCUCUACUUUAUGCCUUCACACGGCAGAAACUCCGACGUGCCCUACGGGCCAAGGUUAAAAAGAGGGUGGUGUCCUUACUUCAGGUGGACCCUUCACCAGGUGCCACUGUCAUCCACAACUCCUGGGUGGAAAACAAAAAAAACAGCCGGCAGGUGCGACUCGAAGCGAGCGAAGGUUCUGAUCGCUGCCUGGCAGAGGCACUGUGAAAUACUACAUGCACACAUCCUAGGUUGUUGAUGAUUAAAAACAAGAGGAGAGUCGCAGAUGUGUUCCACCCUCACUGGAGCGUGAAGCUGCUGCAAGACUAACUGGUGACAAACAUAUGCGCACCACUGGGAGACGCUUUUGAACAAUAAGCAGCAAACGGAACGAGAAAUCACCUCGAACGUAAUCUUGUUGUCUCCGUGUGUCGAGCAGCCUUUGCAGCUGAACAAAGUCACACAACAGCAAACUUUCAAGUGUAUAUUCCGUAAUAAAGGAAAACCAUGUUUAUGGCAGGAGAUGCGUUACAGACCAAAGCAUAACAGGUGAAAAGAGAGAGAUCAUAGAAUACCAUUUCUUUACAAUUUUACCACACCCACUCACGUCCAACAUAUUGAAGUGAAACACGCUUUCACCAAUUUUCCUUAGCCCCUGUUCUGACUCACAUAAUGCUUUUCAUUCCCAAUUGCUCAUUUGAAAAUUGACACAUCAAACAGAAGAAAAUAAAACUGUAUAUUUAAACACCAGAGGGUUCAAGCAAACCCUAUAAUUUUCUCCAACAAAAUUCUAUCUUGUCCCGACAAAGUAAAGGAAAUUAACAUAUAUGAGUAGACAGUAAUUAUAAAUCCCAUUGUAUAUAUUAGAAUGCAAUUCGUGCUUUAGAUUGAUGACGUACUUCCAAUCCAGCCACUGACUGAGAAGUUAUUUUACUGUUAACUUCCUUCCACACAACCAUGGGAAAAAGAACUGCUCUAACUGACAGAAAAAUAUGUAAAUAUAAUGCGAGGGAUACUUUUUAGUCGUGUAGAAUGCUGGGUGCGUCAAAUGAUCAUUGCUAUGUGCUUCUUUGCUCCGUAUCAAAAGUUCCUAUAGUAGUGGCAUGAGGUUCUAGUAAAGAAUCACAUUCAUUUUACUGCUAGGGGGCGGGUGCACGGUGAAUGAGGCACAUUUUCCUCACAGUUCUGAGGAUGCUGGUUCAAAUCCGACAAAGGCUAGACAGGUUUUAGUCAACAGUGAAUGCUACCUUCACUCAUAGGGCAUCUAAAUGCUGUGCAAAAAGCCACACAGUGAUGCUCAUGUGAGCCACCCAUUUUUUUAUGGUUAGAAUAUGGACUCAUUUUUGUGGCAGUUAAUGGACAGGAGUUUUUCUGGGCAUUCUUUUUUCCACUGUUGCAGGUGGAGUAGGACGUUAACCGUGAACUAAUUUGCCGAUGAUUGGCAAGAUUGGAAGGACGUCAUGGAACUGGUGCACGUAGCCAAUAACCGCAGGCAUGUACUGUACCCGCUUUGCUAUGUGGGAACACCGAAGAUUAAAAAAAGGAUUAUGUGGUAGUGUACAACUGUACGGUGAAGCGUCCUCAUUUUUAAUUGGGAUGCUCCGCUCCCAGUAGACCUCAGUGCUGCCUGGCCUGAUGUGACUUAAAAAAAAUCAGACUUUUUGUACUGUAAAAACCCAAACCCCAAAAUGAAGGAUUGCUUGAAAAUCUAUGAUACAGCUUAGAUGCAAAUGAUGAACCAUGGAAUAGGUGGGGAAUACUGAAUUAGAUGCUGUUUACGUGUGGACUUGUAUGGUGCAGCACUUGCAUAAGUGGUCCCAAAAAUACAUUUCGGCAAAAGAUGAUUACGUUUGCCACCUACUCUGAAGCUCAAAGACUGCUUUAAAAGACUGUUGAUGCACCCAAAUGACCAUAUAUACGUAAAUGUUUCAAGUCUGACCUCUGCCUUAGUGAUGUGCUCUACGGUCUCAUUUGUCAUAAACGCAACAGAAUACAGUACCAUUGGAUAUUUACAAGCACACUCAGUGUACAGUGUGUACUGCAUGAAAUGUGGUGCUGAGCUUUAAUAAGAUCAGGGUGUUGGAAAUUUAUUUUCAUGGGGUGGUAGAGGAUCAGUAGGAGCAACUUCGAAAUACUAAAAUGCAUUUACCAAAUAUUAUAUUACUAUUGUACAGUCAGUUGUUACAGUGUUAUUACUAAAGUGUUUGUGCACUUGUGAUAUAUUUGUACAGUAUGUCCUAAUGAAAUUUGUUUUGAUGCUGACCUUAAGGGAGAUGGUCGCGUGAGGAGAAACAAACAUUUGCUUUGGAAAGCCGGGUGAUGGUUUUGAUUGAAUACAUUUGAAAACGGAAGCAAAAUGGUUUCUAUGUGAGCGCAGAAAAUUAAAAACAUUUUUGCCUCGUACCAUCCACAAGAGUCUCAUUAAAGAUGACAAUGUAAGUGUCCUCUUAAAACGUUCACUGGGUCUGGGUCAGAAGUGCCUGCCCACCCAUCAAGUGUGACAUUAAACAACCAAAUAAAUAAUUUGUUAUCUGCUUAGUUCUGGAAGUAUCUGUGAACAAGCCAUUCUGAAUUUGUGCCCCACUGUUAUCUAACGGGGGCAGGGAAGGUAUUUGUGCUUUCCCAUGUGUCCAUUGCAUGGGACUCAUAUAUUGAGCCGCUUGCACUAAUUCCCAUGUGUAAGUGGGCAUCUUAAUGAUUGAUGAUUUGCUGCAUCCAUGAAUGGAAAAAAAAUGUAUAUGAUUGUGGUUAAAUUAACAAAUAGUGGCUUUGUGGAAGCGAGAUUCUUUUGCUGUCAGGAUGCAGAAGAGGUGAACAUCUGGCUUGAAGAGUCUCUCAAAGUCUCCAGAAUUUGCCAAUGAAAGCACAAAAAGUCGUUAAAUUUGCUGCUCUCCGUCCAUUCAUCCAUUUUCGAAACUGCUAGAGUCUAUCCAGGCUGACUUUGGGCAAGAGGUGGAGUACGCCUCAGACUGGUUGCCAGGCAAUCUCAGUUUUUGGCUAGUUAAAAGAAUAGAGCUUGUGGACCUAUGUCAUAAAAUCACGUGACUUCGCCAUAUUGCAGAUCUAACAAAGCAUCAUUGACAGUUAAUUCCGUUGAGACGAAACGAAAAUGGCUUAUAGCACGACACCCAGAGUUUUGUCCGAUACCGUUAAACAUUUAAAAGGUGAUAAUAAGGUCCGUGGAAAAUUAGAAACACUUGGCAAAGAGGACCCAUAUUUAACGGCGAAAUCGAUGUUUUCGCCGAUAAGAAAUUGGGCGGUUAAUUGGCUUCCGCUUGUCUUGGACAACUGGAUCUACACAUGUACCUGGUGAGUAAGUCGUCGAGAUUUACACGGAAAGGUUUGAAAGCGUAUAAAAGUCUGGAGGCAUACAAAUACUUCAUUGCUGGAUCUGUUCUCAAUCAGGAAUAAAUCCCACAUCGUGAUGGGCCCACUCUGAUUUUUUUCAAUACAAAUACCAAUAGUUAAAUAAAUGACCCCUGGUUUUACACAAACUUGCAUUCAUUAACUAUGAUUGGGGAAAAACAUUGAGGACAGAGAGUCGUCCCCUCUGUACACAGAAGCAUAUUGGGGCCGCACGUUACCUCUCUGCAACAGACGGUUUAUUUAUUUAUUCAAAUGAGUCAAUUUGGAAUAAUAAAUACUUCUUGGUAAUUUGAUAUUAAGAAUAAUUCCUACCUGAAAUUAAGUGAUCGCUACACAGUCGUGUGUAUAUGGUUGGGCACCAUCCAUCCCAUUUAAUUGCGGAAAUCCAUUGAUCUUUUCUCGUCUUUGCAACUGGUACGCUAUAGAAUGACCUCUUUGAUGAUCUUUCUCGUCUGGUGUAACAACCAACAGCACAACAAGUCUCAGGCAUUAUGAAUAUUUUGCUUCGCUUCAAUGUCCCCCACAAUGUCGAGCAGCUCAGUUUGACCGGCAAUAUGGCGCCGUGAAAACAGUGACGUCACGUACAUGAGCUAUAUAGUAGUGAGAAUUGGGGAUGGAAAGUAGACAGUCACUAGGUUGGCGGCAGUCAGUUGCUCGCCAUGCAAAAUCCUUGCUGUGCAACUGUAUUUUGCAUUGGCAUAAAAAAACUGGGGCCCCAAAAUCAAGUGUUUUCACCCGAAAUUUAUUACCUGCUGUUUAUUUUGAUGGAAGAAUGUUAUUAUUUCAAGGCAUCUGGGAACUGUUUUGAAUUGUGAAGAAAAAAAAGAACAAAAUGUCUCCUUUCAAUAAAAUGAAAGAACGUCUUCAUUUGAACCUCAAAAGAUUCAUACCAUGAUGAAAAUUGCAAGUUAAAGUUGAAUGUUUGUCUUUGGCUGAAAAUAAACACA